AUGUACGUCGAAGGCAUCGACGUGUUCGAUUAUCUGCCUGCGCGCUGGCCAGGUUCUUUCACGCAUGUUAAGAGGGUAGCACUGCAGAUGAGCGAUAAAGAUCACAAGGGAAGUUUGCCACAGAGCGAAAGGCGCCCAGAGACCGAACGAGUCAAAGAGACUGGCUUUCUUCAAGCUUGCAGUUCCGAGAGUUCGGUAAUAAACGUCAUCGUAUCAUCGAAAAUGACCACCGCAGAGCUCGUAACAGUAACGCUGCACCUACAAUUUUGUGCUGUUGCGACAGUUUAUUUGCAUAACAUGAAUAGCAAGUACGGUGCUACUACUACGCCUGGAAUUCUUUGCACGAAGAAACAUCCCUCCCCCAAAAUAUCUGCAGUUGCCUUCCGGCGGGUCAUACGGGUCACGUCCUAUGUACUCGAUGUACUCCGUCCUGCCGAUCUCAACAAUAUCCGAUACGGCGCUCAAAUGGAAUUCAAUAAUGCCUUUUUCCUCUGUCCUGGGACUCCCAUCUUCUUUGUUCUUGCCAACGAAAGCUUUGUACGCGACAAACACCUCCCUCGUCCAUUCACCAUCCUCGGAAGUUUCAUCUAG